AUGCUGCCCUGGAGAAGGAAUAAGUUUGUUCUGGUGGAGGACGAGGCCAAGAGUAAGCCCAAGAGCCUGGGGACGGGGCUGACCUACCAUUCCAUCCUCUCCUCCCUACUCCGAUCCUGUCCUGACUUGCUACCCGACUGCCCCUUCGACUGGGUGGGCAGCAUCUUCCAUACCAAACGGCAAAAGGUGCAACUGAAUAAAGAGGAGCCUGUUUACAACGUGCGCUACCUGGGGAGUGUGGUCACCAUCACGGCAAAGGGAGACGGCUGCACUCAGGAGGCAGUGGCCAAGAUCUGGGCGAGGAGCAACUAUGGGGAGCAGAGUGUCAAGAUGAGGUUAACAGUUGGAUCUCAAGGCAUCCGGAUGAGUGCCGACAAAUCUGGGAAGAAGAAACCCAUACAUCUUUACUCUUUGAACAGAAUCACCUUCUGCGCUGCUGACCCGUGCCGGCCCAAGAUCCUGGCUUGGAUCUACAGGCACCAGGUCAAGAACAUGGCAGUGGUGCUUCGGUGUCACGCCGUCCUGGUGAGCAAGUCGGAAAAGGCCCAGGCCAUCGCCCACAGCCUCUACCAGAAUGCCACCUCCGCCUUCAGCGAGUUCAAACGCCUGAAGCGUCAGAGCGAUUUCCGGCACUGCCAGCAGCAGUUGCUGGGCGAGGAAGCGGUGCCACUGAUGCCACUGAGGAGGCUGCUGAACGGACAGUGCCACUACCGACCACCCUCCGACAACCCCGGGAGCACCACCCGCCUCUGCUCCAUCACGGAGGAAGAAGAGGAGGACGAGGAGGAGGAGGAGGAUGAUGACAGGGAGAACAGAGAUGGGAAGGAAGAAGCAGAGGAGGACGUUGGGGAGCAGCAUGAGAAACAGAAGGUCUUAACAACAAACACAGACCCAACUCAGUUAUUAUCAGAGUUGGCCAUCGGGGAUAUUGCCCAACUGGAGCAGUGCCAAAUCAACUUUGUCAGUGACAGCAACAACAACACGUUUACGUUCAUAACCUCUCUGGUGUGACUGUAACGCAGUUUAGAAGAAUGUGAUUCUGCAACACUACAAUAACACAUUCCUCUCUUCGCCCUCCACUGGAACCCCACUCAGGCUCCCUCCUGCCCGUCCAUGUAAUGUGAAGUGUUUACCAGAAACUUCUCCGACUUACCGGGUGGUAGAGAAAAGGCAGACGAUCCUUCUGUGGGAGUAAUUUCUAUUCUGGCCAGAUGGCUCAGUUGCUGGUGUGACUGUUGCAGUUUGGGAAACUGCGUGUUUACAAAAGAGGGCUGGUGAUGCACAGACUAACGACAGCACAAUGACGAACGGGGGACGACGCUUUUAGAAAAACACCAGAGCACCGACGCUGAGAUCACUGACAUGCGGGUCACCUAUUGAUCACAGCAUCAAGCAGGAUGUGUUUAGUAGUCCUCUAUCUCUUAUUUUUGUGAGUAUGAUUAAAGCCGUGUUUGCCAGCAGGGAUGUUUUUUUGGAUUGACUUGUAAUAUUUUUCAGGGAGGCUCUUUGUAAAUUUGUGUAAUUUUUUCUAAUACGACAAUCGUCACUGAAAUUGCUCACAGACUGACCUUUCCGGGCGCUCUCAAUCGUGAGAAGUUUAUUACGGUUUUCCUAAUGAUCACAGCCGACUAAUGAAUAAGGCUAUAAUUUAGGAGGCAAGCCAUCAAGUCGACGUAUUUAUUGCUGCCAUUUGUUACAGUCCUUAUCAUUUAUGCAUGACAAGUCAGCAGUAACCUUUCCGUGCUGAGCUUUUGUCUUUUUCAUGUCACAUCUUUGAUCCUUCGGCUUUUAAAAUGAACACUGUGAUAAAUGUGUGACCAGGGACGAAUGCACAACUCAUCAUGCAGCAUUGUCUAAUUUAUGUAAUGCAUUUCGUUUUAUAUCGAUUGCAAUGUCACCUGGUUUGCCAAAAAUGUAAAAAGAAAAAAAGAAAAGAAGGAAAGAAAGAAAGAGAGAAAAAGAGCAGUUUGCCAUUGCUGUGCCCUUUUUAGCAAAGUUUUGCUAGUGCAGUUUUUCCAUGAGCCCUUGCAAAAAUGCAAAUGGACCCUCACAAUUUCACACAAAACUGUUUUGAAAAUGACUUUAGCUAAUUUCCCGUUGAUAAUAUCUGUGCUACUGUCUAAAGAUGCAUUGUGAUUACUAUGAGAUGAAGCUAUUUAUUUUCCAGAUAUGAUGAAUAAAAAUUACCCUCA